CGUCGUUGAGAUCACCGUGAGAAAUGGAUUAUUCGACUUCUUUGUUCUGAGUAGAACUCACUCACCGGAGGAGAUAGUAUGGAUUCCGAAGAAACGACGUCGUCGGUGACGACGACAAAGAAGCAAAAGAGGGUUUUCUCUUCGUUAGCUUUGCGAUUCUGUACAGUGAUAGUCUUCUCGAUCAUUAGCUUUGUCGUCUUGUCGUUUCUAUUAGGAAUCUUAGUGAUAUUCAUCGGUGAAUUGUGGGUUUAUUCUUUUUCUUCUUCUUCUGCUUCUCUUCAUUCCCGCUGCAAAAUUGUUUCCAGCUCUGUUGAUUUAAGGUCUUCUAAAGUAUGUGGCAUUGGACUAUUGAACAUCAAAGCACAACAUGUGUUUCACCCUUUUGAGAGAGAUAAAUUCAGAUGUCGUUAUGAUUACUAUUGGGCUUCUGUCUUCAAGGUAGAGUAUAAAGAUAACUUAAUGGGUCAAACACGGUUAGCGUUUUCAGAAGCACCUAACGAAGCUCUUCCUCCUGAGUGCAGACCUAACUUUGGUGCUGCAUUGCUUACUAAAGAUAACUUCAAGGUGAAUGAGACUUAUGAUUGCUGGUACACAUUAGGGAUUCCAAAGAUAAAGCUUUAUCGGGAUAGCUUUUUCGGUUGCCAAGCAAAUGAUCUUUCUUUCACGGACAUUGUUAAGCAAUACUCUGUUGUAAUCUCUAAACUUUUACAGUCAUGGUUUAAUGGAGAAGCAACACCAAAGUACUGGAAAUAUGAUGUGAUCGCUGGCACUGUCUCUGGCUUCGCAACUUCCAUAACCACAGUCUUCAUCGUACGGAUCUUACGACAUGCAAAAUCUUGGUUCCCUCGAGCUUGUUGUUCAGUGAAGAGCCAGUUUUCUAAGGUGAAUCUCUUGGUACAAGUGAAGCGUGCAUGUUUGCUUCUUGUUUACUUCUCGGUUCUCGGAUGGAUGGCGACACAAUACUUGAAAAUUCUUUUUCCAAAGGCUUAGAAACCAAACAUUAUUUGAGAGAGAGUGAGUGAGUAUGUAAUGAUUCGUAGACAGUUGUGUGACGUAAUCUUAAAUCAUUUACAGAAAAAGAAAGCAAUACAGAGAAA